GAACGUUGCUGAGGUGGGGCAAUCAUCUCACCAGCAGCCCAAGGACAAGGGCAGGUCGGUGGCUUUUAACAAGUCUGAAUUCCCACCGCUAGUCUGCAAAGGAAAAGAGAAGAUGGUAGAGAAAUCCACAUGCAAGCAGCUUGGGAAAAGAGGCGAUGUUGCGGCCAUAUUGCCGUUUGCGUCGUCUUCAACAGGAAGACCCACCAAUGCUCGAAAUAUACUACGAGCUGAUGCCCCAGAGUUCAUUCCUUCGCUGGUCCAUAAACCCAGUGGGGAGUGCUCUAAGGCGAUGGAAAACUUGGAUGGAAGGGAGUGUGCCUCACUGCUCGUGACCGCCAAACCGGCCACGUAAAUCCAACAUGAGCAUUAUCAAACCCACUGUCAGAAGAUGCACCUGUUAUGAGAGGAUCUUGUGAAGGUUCAUUUGAUCUGGUACGACAUCAGCGGCGGCAAAGAAAUGCUCGCCGUUCUCAGGCUGAUCUUCCAGCUGCAGUGGAUCAGGCCGCUGCAAACCGACAACGCUCGCAUGUCAGCAAGUCUGUUAAGGGCAGGUGGGAGGACACUCGUCCAAGGAUGCGAGUGCAAAAUCAUGAUGACUCGUAUGUUAUCAGAAGCAUAUGUUAGACACUCAGGUCGCACCUCCCAGGUGCCUCCACGUCUCGAAAUGAUGUGGGUGGCGCCAUCAUGCGGCAGGCCGAGGCCCUCGCCAAACGGCCUGAGUACAAAGAGUUCAUACAGAGACAUCCUGAACGCCGAAAGUAGAAUCAAACUUCUCGUGUCCGAUCAAGACGGGCCGCAUAUAAAGAAAGAGAAAGAGCAGUACGAGCAAGACCUGAGUCCAGCAGAACACAAGGGGCAUAUACAGCUUCGUCAAGCCAGAACAGUGCGAGGCAAGUAAUCUAGAGAUCAGCAAGUGCACCAAGAAAAAUGCCUACAGCUUUGGCUCCAUGGCCAGCGUGCAAGAGAGCCUCGAACAACAUGUUUGAGGUCUUUAACGCGCUGCCGGUUGGGAUUACAGAAGCAGCGGACGACAGCAGCGAGACGUCGUCCACAACAAUCCACUUCAAGAGAAAGAGGCCCCGAAAAGAAAUUGUCCCGGGUCACCGUCCUGUGACUCGUAGUCUGAAAAACUCGAGUAAUGAAGAAGAGGAUUCAGCUUGUUCAGGGUCUUAUAAUCUGCUGCGUAAGGAUUCUCCUCCUACUACCGAUAGUGAGCCAGAUGCACGCGAGAAAGAGCCACACGACUUUGAUCCGAGAUGUGUGGAGCAAGUCCUAGCAGCAAAUGAAACUCUCUCAACCGAGGAGAAGCUGGCUCAACUCACAGCCGCACUUCAGCAAAAAGACGAUGAACUAGCUGCCUUACGCGCACAGGUCGGCAACAAUACAAAUCCCGAGCUCGAGAGAAAUGCUUCCACUAGCCAAAAUAGCCACCAACCAGCAGCAGCAAUGAACCUUGAAGCCAUCCAAAAACUUAUAACUGAGGGGGUCAAGGCCCAAUAUAUGCAAACACACUACUCGAUGCGACCAGGGUAUGUCAAGCCAUAUCCGCCGGAUGUUGACUUAGUACCUUUCCCGGCUAAUUAUCGACAGCCGCAGUUUAGUAAAUUUAACGGGAGUGGGUCGCCACACGAACAUAUCGCACAUUUUCUUGCGGCUUGCCAAGAUACAGCCCAAAAUGGGGCACUUCUCCUUCGACAGUUUGUUCAAACGCUGUCGGGGCCAGCCUUUACGUGGUAUAGCAAGUUGCCACCAAGUUUGAUGAGGACAUGGGAGCAAAUGCAGGACGCUUUUCUUGAUCGCUUCUAUAGCACCCAAAGCAUCGUGGGCAUCACGGAGCUGACCCAAACUGAGCAACGAGUGAAUGAAAAGGCUGCGGAUUUCAUUAACAGAUGGAGGAACCUAAGUCUGCAUUGCCCACAAUCACUCACGGAACAGGAAGCAGUCCGGAUGUGCACGAAUAAUCUGAAUCCUGAGACGGCCAUGUGUUUGCAAGGUGUACGACUGGUCACUUUUGAGGAUUUGGCCUCAAAAGCUACGGACAUCGAGAAUUAUAGGCAGCUCACAGCGCGUCGAUCAAAAUCAGCCUUCAAAGUUGCAGAGAAGAGUGGGCAACAUGAUAAAUUCCAAGCCAAGGCAAAGCCAGCGCAAGCAAUGGAGACGACGGUGGCUAACCCACGAUUCCGGCAUGGGACCGCUCCCGCAAGAAAUUCAGAAUAUAGAGGUGAGCAAGCUCCUAGGAGGCCAUCUCUUAGUGAGCGCCAAAAGAUGGAGUAUUCUUUCCCAGUAGGAGAGGUGGGUGAUUUUCUUGCCGGCCUACUUCAGUUAAAUUUGAUAGAGCUCCCAAAGUCAAAAAGGCCAGAGGAGGCUGCUAAGUCUGAUGACCCGAACUUCUGUCAAUAUCACCGUAUCUUGGGUCACACACUCAAGGACUGUUUUGUGGUGAAAAACAUCAUACAAAAAUUGAUUGAUGAAGGUACGAUUGAUACGGACCUUUUGAAAAGCAUCAAGAAAGAAAAGAAAACGGUUGCAGCAGAUGUGAUCACCCUUCGGGAUGAUUUGGCCUUGCCUCCACGCAAAAUCAGCAUAAAAGAGAGGCUCACAUUCCCUCCAACUAUGGUGCAUGGCCAGCUUCGCAUGGAUCACAAGAUUGGGGGCAGCGGCGAUCAAAACGCCGUGUACUAUCCCAAGUAAUGGAAGAAGUUCCCCCUCCGCGCUUCGUACCAAAGAUGUACCAGCACACCGCGAAGCGCGUGAAGGUCCGGAGUGAGGAGUUUGAUGUCCUCACUAUAGGUGUGUUCGAAGGCGAUGAUGUGAGUCACUUUGCUUUCCUGAAGAAGAGUUGUUAGAAGUCGAUCAAGUCCAUCUUAGAUCAGGUCGUCAGCUAGCGGACUCUCAUCCCCCACCUAGAAAUGAACAGAAAGGCAAGGAUGUUGUGCAAAAUGAGUCUACGGACCCUGCUUGUAGGGUGCCGGUCAAAUAUGAUGUAAUUGCU